GAAGGCCCGUAUGGCAUGUAUUCAGCAUACCCGAUCCCAUCGGUAACCGGCGAUAAUAUCCGCCAAGUCGCGCAGAUAAGCGUAUGCUUGGUGGAUACUGAAUCAAUGAUGCUAAUUCUUCUACAAAUGAACAAGACGGAGACAGGUCGCUCAAAUGUCGAAGCAUAUAUUAUUGCAGCAGCCAUUGCAGCCUACCAGUACAACAAUAGCAAGCAGCAAGAGAGGGGCCUGCAUCCAGUUGAUGUCAUGACAAUGCCAUGCAUCACCAUGGUUGGGACGCGCCCCACCUUCUACUUGGUGCCUGUUACCAAAGCGUUGAGUGAUGCGGUCAUUACCUGUCAAUAUCCGUCAGAUAGGACUGAGGUGUUGAAAUGCGAGGUUCCCAGUGACUAUGAUGGAGGCAUGGAGGUACCGGAAUACAGGGGUGUCGCCUUGCAAUAUUAUGUUGCAUUCAAAUCCCUUGCUAAAAGCAACUGGGAGAAGUUUAUUGGUUAAGACCUAAAGGUGGUCUCUAAUUUGCAGUUUAUCACAGGAGGUAUACUAGGGACUGACGGGUAUUAUGUAGGAUCGUAAUCUACAUACAUGCAUGUAUCAUCUUCGCUAGAAACGAUCUAAUCCACGUUUCGAACAACGUCCUCACAGCGGGGACAUAAAUCAUGCUCCUCUUCACGAGUAUACGUCCAGCACCGUGGACACUUGCUCGAAGAUGCGGGUCUAACGCGAAUUGACAGCUCAAAGUCCGAGUCGGGUACGUCCAUUGAGGAAACAUAGAACCACGCGAAUGAACUAGUGCCAAGAGAGCCUUCAUCCGUGAUAGUGACAUCAGAGACGAUGAAAAGCGUCUUUAGGAACGUCUCUGCGCGCAAAUACCGUUCACUUACGAAAAGCGGGAAGAUCAAGCUGCUCACCUUCGCGUUUGAUCAACUGUAGU